UGUCGGAACGUUCCGAAGAUGACGUCGGAGCGUUCUCGAAUCCCGUGUCUCUCGGCUGCUGCUGCCGAAGGAACAGGGAAAAAGCAACAAGAAGGAAGAGCAAUGGCGACACUGGAUCGCAAAGUGCCCAGUCCGGAGGCGUUUCUGGGCAAACCCUGGUCCUCCUGGAUCGACGCCGCCAAAUUACACUGCUCCGACAAUGUAGAUUUAGAAGAGGCUGGAAAAGAGGGUGGAAAAAGCAGGGAGGUUAUGAGGCUUAAUAAAGAAGAUAUGCACUUAUUUGGCCAUUAUCCAGCACAUGACGACUUCUAUCUCGUAGUGUGCAGUGCCUGUAAUCAGGUCGUCAAGCCACAGGUUUUCCAGUCGCACUGCGAGAGAAGACACGGUUCAAUGUGCAGGCCUUCUCCUUCUCCAGCAUCUCCACCCUCCAAUUCCAGGACGUCACUAGUACAGGUGAAAACAAAAGCCUGUCUCAGCGGCCAUAACUCUGCCAGCAGCACCUCAAAGCCAUUCAAAACGCCCAAAGACAAUCUACUUACCUCCAGUAACAAACAGCACACGGUCUUUUCUGCGAAAGGAUCAAGGGACAAACCAUGUGUUCCUGUUCCUGUAGUCAGUUUAGAGAAAAUUCCUAACCUAGUGAAGGCAGAUGGUGCCAACGUCAAAAUGAACUCUACAACCACUACUGCGGUCACCUCCUGUUCCACCUCGUCCUCUGCUGUCUCCACCCCACCUUUAAUUAAGCCAGUCUUGAUGUCCAAGUCAGUGCCACCUUCCCCAGAGAAGAUCUUAAAUGGCAAAGGAAUUUUAUCUGCCACAAUAGACAAGAAACACCAAAAUGGCACCAAAAACAACAACAAGCCUUACAGGAGACUUUCAGAGAGAGAAUUUGACCCAAAUAAACACUGUGGAGUAUUGGAUCCCGAGACAAAGAAACCUUGCACAAGAUCCCUCACCUGCAAGACACACUCACUAAGCCAUCGGAGGGCAGUCCCAGGCCGGAAAAAGCAAUUUGACCUCCUUCUGGCGGAACACAAAGCCAAGUCCCGGGAAAAAGAAGUGAAAGAUAAAGAGCAUCUCUUGACUUCAACAAGGGAAGUGCUUCCAAACCCACCUGGGCCGGUGCAGGAGUCUCUGCCAGGAUCUUCUGGGAGCUCUGGGCCAGAACCUAAAGUUGCCUCCCCUGCAAAAUCCCGGCCGCCUAACUCUGUGCUUCCGAGACCAUCAUCUGCAAAUAGCAUAAGCAGCAGCACGUCUUCAAAUCAUAGUGGCUACACUCCGGAACCCCCUCUGCCCCCCGUUGGAGGUGACCUUGCCAGCCGACUAUCAAGUGAUGAAGGGGAGAUGGACGGAGCCGACGAAGCGGAGAAGUUAGACUGUCAGUUCUCCACCCACCACCCCAGACCUCUCGCGUUUUGCUCAUUCGGGAGUCGCCUCAUGGGACGAGGGUACUAUGUGUUUGAUAGAAGAUGGGAUCGUUUUCGAUUCGCACUAAACUCCAUGGUAGAAAAACACUUGAAUUCACAGAUGUGGAAGCACAGAAACCCGAGUCACAGGGCAUCAGGUCCCUCCCCCCUUUUCAGGACUUGCCUAACCAAUCUGCUGUCACUGAGCAACAUUGGGGCUGCCUGGGUGUCAACUCUGGAGAGCGUAGCACCCCGCUGCCCUCUCAACCUCGCUGCCCAAACCCCAGGCCCCGACGGGCCCGAACCUGGAGGGAUGGCAGCCGAUGGGGGCGUGGAAGACAUUAGGAAGAAAAGGAACGGCCAAGACUCUUUUUUCUUUAACAAGCAUUUAACUCUGCAUCAGGAGACGCCAACACAGUAUUCUCUUUCAGCCAGGAAGAUCCCUCCUGCGGCAGAUAGCCCCAUGCCCUCGCCAGCAGCCCACAUCACCACCCCCGUUCCGGCAUCCGUUUUACAGCCUUUCAGCAACCCCAGUGCUGUGUAUCUUCCUUCAGCUCCCAUCAGCUCGAGACUCACCUCUUCUUACAUAAUGACAUCAGCCAUGCUCUCAAACGCAGCUUUUGUGACAUCGCCGGACGCGAGCGCCCUCAUGUCACACACCACAGCUUUCCCUCAUGUGGCUGCAACCCUCAGCAUCAUGGACUCAACUUUCAAGGCCCCAUCCGCCGUGUCCCCGAUACCAGCCGUCAUCCCUUCCCCAUCCCACAAGCCAUCCAAAACCAAAACCAGCAAAUCCUCAAAAGUCAAAGACCUGUCCGCCCGUAGCGACGAGUGUCCAAGUAACAAAAAGAGGAAGCCACAGUCUUCGACUUCCUCCUCCUCCUCAUUAUCCUUGCAGACAUCCCUCUCGUCUCCAUUAUCAGGUCCCCACAAAAAGAACUGUGUCUUGAAUGCCAGUUCAGCUUUGAACUCCUAUCAGGGGGCCCCUCCCUAUAACAGUCUCUCUGUGCACAACUCAAACAAUGGGGUGAGCCCACUCAGUGCCAAACUGGAGCCCUCAGGACGGACCUCGCUGCCCGGCGGCCCCGCGGACUUAGUGAGACACGUGGGCUCGGUGGGCGGCAGCGACCCCUGUCCCCUCUCUGUGCCAUCCCUUGCAGGGGACCUCUCUCUGGCCUCACACAAUGCCGUGUCAUCUCUGCCCCUCUCUUUUGACAAAUCAGAAGGAAAAAAGCGUAAGAACUCGAGUUCUAGUAGCAAAGCCUGUAAAAUCACUAAAAUGCCUGGUAUGAAUAGCGUUCACAAAAAGAACCCGCCCAGCCUUCUCGCACCGGUGCCCGAUCCCGUUAACAGCACCUCCUCUCGGCAGGUUGGGAAAAAUAGCAGCCUAGUUUUGUCACAAUCCAGUCCUUCAAGUAUAUCCAGCCCAGGACACAGCCGACAGAAGACCACAAACAGAACGGGCAGGAUAAGGACUCUUCCAUAACAAGACUACGAAGCCACUUCCAAAUCAGUUCCUGGCCACGCGGUGCCACCCCAGGAAGAGGAGGGAGGGGACUGGGCAGUGGGGAGAGUUUAUUUCCGAUGCCCUGCCUGUGGCUCUGGCCUUUCUUCUUUUUUUUUAUUGACCAAUUUUUAGUUUUGAAGAAAAAGAUAAAAGCAAAAGAACGUGAAUUUGAGAUUUACAGAAAACAAUACCAGUGUUUUGUUUCCAUUGUCUUUCAUUUACCACGUGUAUACAUUCUUCCAAGUUUGGGGUCACUCGUAGCCGCUGAGGCUGCUACUGCACCAUCAUUUUUGCUCCAGCCACAAGAGCAGACAUUGCAGAAUGUCCGUUCCUUGUUAGUAUCAUCUAAAAUGCUUGAACUGCAGCACACACAGUGCUCCUUUCCCUGUCCCCUCCCACCUGCCCCUUCCACCUCCUACCUGCCACUUCCUGGGUGUCCACUGGCCAUCAGAAGGAGCUAGCUCGCUCAAAUUCCCCUCUGGACAACAUUUGGGGGGGAGGGGACUUGGCUGGAGAGGUGCCCAUGUUUGGAGAGUAAGAGCAGAGAGUUGGAGGGUCACCUAAGUGUCCUCAACAAGUUUCUAGAACCCACCGCCAUGUCUGGAGCCAGAUACUACAGGCAAAAUUGAGAGCAGCCAUUUAAUGACGUAGCUUACCCAAUAGGUUUGGCUGUGCAAGCUUAAACCGGGUUAUACUGCGUCAGGGACAGAGACUGGAAUGGCCUUAGAGGUAACACAAAGCUGGGCAGAGGGUAGGGGAAGAUGUUCCUCAAAAAACAGUGGGAAUUGAGUGACUGUGGUAAUCUGAGUUAGGGAUCCAGGCUCUAAAAUCACUUUGAGGGUUCAAGGACCCUGAUCUGGGUGCGCCAGAAAGGGAGGAAUCCUAGGGGAAAGGGCACUAGAGGAGAAAGCUUCCAUGGAGGGUUAAGUGUCAACCCCUUGGUGAGGAUAAAUGCUAGCUCUGCCCACCCACCUCUGUCCCCAGCAUGCCUGUAGGUCAGCUUGUGCUAGAUAUCUGUGGCCCCAGCUCAGAUACGGCUGCCCCAGAAAGGGGUGGGAAAGGUGAACUAUCGCUUGGAAGAGAUACAAGGCCUACCACUAUGAAACAGUUCACACUGGAGUUUUGAAAGAAACAGCAAUACCAUAAGCUCUAAUAGGGAGUCAUUCAGGAAAGGGAGUCACAGUACAAAAUAGGUUUUCUAUGCUCUUCAUCGUGUAACUACGUGCGAGAUGAUGGCAUACAUAGGGAGGCUUCCUCCAUGCCUACAUCAGAAGUGAAUGCCAGUUUUGCCGCUGGGCACAAAGGCUCAUCCCCCACCCCCACCCCCAUCCAACCUUUCCUUUUCUUCCCCAUCCCCCAACCCAAAGAUCAGACUACUGUUAAGUUUCACCACAGGAUUUGGUUUCGCAAAGACGGGAGGCAGACGGAGUGAUUUUCAUCAAUGAAAUUGCACUGACAGUGUUUCUUAUAAGAUUACUAAAAUUUUUAAUAUAAAAUGAAGAUUUUUUUAAAAAAUCAGGAGUUGAUAUUAGGUACCAAGACAUUAUAGUUCAGAUGAUUUCAUUUUUAUUUCUACAGUGUUAAAAGUGCACUUAUAUGCUGGUUUAUUUACGUCUUGGAGAAAAAGAGACUGCAAAUUGAAGGGAAGAUUGUUCCUUUUUCUUUUAUAAAAAAAAAAAAAAGGUUA